CAAAAUAAAAAUGGCUUCUUCUUCUUCUUCCUAUUUUCUCCUUCUGUGCCUUUCAAUGUUUCUUGCGGUUUCGAGUCUGGGCAAGGCAAUGGCCUACGACUACGACUACGACUAUAGCGGCUACGAAUCCUACGAUGAUGAUGAGCCUCACUUCGAUUACCCCCAGAUGCCGCCGCCGGAGCCGGAAGACGGCGGCGAUCACGAUAACGAACAUGACAACGAUAACCCCCCGCCGCCGCCGGCGGCGGCGGCGGAGUCGGAAGACGGCGGCGAUUGCAGUUAUGUACAUGCCGAGGAUAUCCCCCCGCCGCCGCCGUCGCCGGAGGAUUGCCCGGGCGUGGUCGAACGUCUGUCGGCGUGCCAAGAGUACCUCAACGGACACAAUGAUUUGCCGUCGCCGCCGUGCUGCGACAACCUAGAAUCCAUGUUCAGCAUCGGCGUAAAUGUGUGCGAGUGCGUGAAGGACUUGCAGGAUUCCUUCAAGCAAAUCCGGGCCGAUGAUAUUUUUAAAAAGUGUGGUUUUUCACUUCCAUACUUCUCUAUGUCCCGAAAAACAUGUGGUUUUUCACUUCCAUUUUCGAGUCUGGGCAACGCAAUGUCCUACGGCUUCGACUAUAGCGGCUUCGGAUUCCCCGAUGAUGACGAACCUGACUUCUAUUACCCCCAGUCGCCGCCUCCGCCGCCGCCGGAGUCGGAAGAUGGCGGCGGUUGCCUUUCAAGUGUGGGCAGCGCGUGGGUGGACGACUUUUUUAACCCUGACGACUACCUAUUUCCGUCGGACGGAGAGGAGCCGGCGGCGGCGUGCGACUACGUGAACCGUUAUUUUCCGGCGUGCGAAGAUUUCCUGGACGGAAGCAUAGUUUUCCCGCGGUCGGCGUGUUGCAGUAACCUGCUUAUCCUACGUGGCAUCACCUACGAGGUGGGCCCUCAGAAGAUUUGCCAGUGCAUCGAAGACUUGAAGAUGACUUUUGUGGAGUCUCGGAUCAAAGAGGUCUACGAGAAGUGUGAUGUUCACCUCAACUUUCCCAUCUCCGAACACAUGGACUGUUCUAGGUAG